GCCUGCCUUCAAGGGAAGGCCUGAUCUUGCCCCUCCAAAGCCCUUUCUCCCACAGUGCCUGUGGCCACACGUAGGUUUUUGGGCUGGCUCUGCUCCACCAAGGUGGUUGUUCUCAAAGCACUGUCCCAGGACAGCCAGCCUGAAUCCUCGCUGCCGACAGGGACAGGGCUUUGCCAACCUCAGUGCGAUGGGGAUGCUCACCAGGUGAGGCUGCGGAUUUUGGGUGUAGUUGGAUUGAGGAGUUGUGGCUGCAGCUCAUCCUUGGCAGGAGUAGAAGAUGCAGGAGGCUGCGUAGCAGGUUUCUGAGCAGCUGCUGACGGCUCAGCCCCGCUGGAUCCGACCGCACACGAGGGUACCAUGAACUGAGCACGGAGACACCCAAAACUCUCUUUUUUUUUUUUGUUUUGGCUUUUUUUGGGUUUGUUUUCCACCCGUGAAAAAAGCCCCUCGACGCUCUUUAAUGAAAGCGUUUUGAAGCGGGUUAGUUCUCCCCUCCCCUGAGCCGAAGUCGUCCCGGGUGCGGUGAGGAUUUCCAGAGAAGAUGGGGAGAAAAAAGAUCCAGAUCCAGCGGAUCACGGACGAGCGCAAUCGGCAGGUGACCUUCACCAAGCGCAAGUUUGGCUUGAUGAAGAAAGCCUAUGAGCUGAGUGUCCUGUGCGACUGCGAGAUCGCCCUCAUCAUCUUCAACCACUCCAACAAGCUGUUCCAGUAUGCCAGCACCGACAUGGACAAGGUGCUGCUCAAGUACACCGAGUACAACGAGCCCCAUGAGAGCCGGACCAACGCAGACAUCAUCGAGACAUUAAGAAAGAAAGGUUUUAACGGCUGUGACAGCCCAGAGCCCGACGGUGACGACUCCAUAGACCAGAGCCCUUUGAUGGAGGAUAAAUACCGCAAAGGCAGCGAGGAUCUGGAUAUCCUGUUCAAGCGAUACGGUGCGCUGAACAAGAAGCACAGGGAGUGCGAGAGCCCGGAAGGGGAUGAAGUGUUUGCGCUGACCCCGCAGACGGAAGAGAAAUAUAAAAAGAUUGAUGAGGAGUUUGAUAAAAUGAUGCAGAGUUACAGGCUCGCAUCCGCAGUGCCCGCUCCCAACUUUGCCAUGCCCGUGACGGUGCCGGUGACCAACCAAAACACGCUGCAGUUCAGCAACCCGGGCAGCUCGCUGGUGACCCAGUCCCUGGUGACCUCGUCGCUGACAGACCCCCGGCUCCUGUCGCCGCAGCAGCCGGCACUGCAGAGGAACACGGUGUCCCCGGGGCUGCCGCAGCGGCCAGCCAGCGCAGGGGCGAUGCUUGGGGGAGACCUGAACAACACAAACGGAGCCUGCCCAAGCCCUGUGGGAAAUGGCUACGUGAGUGCCAGAGCCUCGCCGAGUCUCCUUCCUGUGUCCAAUGGCAGCAGCCUGGGCAAGAUCAUCCCAGCCAAGUCCCCACCGCCACCCUCGCAUGGGACGCAGCUCGCUGCCAACAGCCGCAAGCCAGACCUGCGUGUGAUCACCUCGCAGAGCGGGAAGGGGCUGAUGCACCACCUGACCGAGGACCACUUGGCUCUGCAGAACACGCAGAGGUUGGGUGUCUCCCAAGCAACUCACUCUCUGACCACACCAGUUGUUUCCGUGGCGACUCCGAGUUUGCUGACACAGGGGCUGCCCUUCUCUGCCAUGCCCACAGCGUACAACACAGAUUAUCAGCUGACGAGCGCUGAGCUGUCCUCGCUGCCAGCAUUCAGCUCACCUGGAGGGCUGUCCCUUGGCAACAUCUCUGCCUGGCAGCAGCAGCAGCAGCAGCAACAGCAGCAGCAGCAGCAGCAGCAGCAGCAACAGCAGCAGCAGCAGCAGCAGCAACAGCAGCAGCAGCAGCAGCAGCAGCAGCAACAACAGCAGCAGCAGCAGCAGCAACAGCAACAACAGCAGCAACAGCAGCAACAACAGCAGCAGCCGCAGCAGCAGCCGCAGCAGCAGCACCUGGUCCCCGUGUCACUAGGAAACUUAAUACAAGGGAGUCACUUGUCCCACACCACCACUUUGACUGUCAACACCAACCCCAACAUCAGCAUCAAGUCGGAGCCCGUCUCGCCCAACCGGGAGAGGAACACUGCCACCCCGCUCAGCACCUUCCCCCACCAGCCCCGGCACGAGCCCACCGGCCGCUCGCCCGUCGACAGCCUCAGCAGCAACACCAGCUCCUACGAGGGCAGCAGCGAGCGGGACGAUCCCGCCCGCCCCGAUUUCGGCUCUUCCCUGGGCCUCCUGCGGCCCAGCAGCGAGCCCGAGGGGGAGAGCCCCUCCGUAAAGCGCAUGCGGUUGGAUACCUGGGUCACAUAACGCGUCCCCGCCGUCCCUGGGAGCGCCGCCGGCUCCGGUGGGGCCGCGGGAA